UGCUGGUACAGUGUGCAAAGAAGAAGAAAAUUAAGGGGAUAGCAUUUUUUUAUGCAACAGUGCUCAUUCUCAAUUGACGACAUGCACCUAGCUCUUAAAUCCACCGAGUUUAAUGAUUUCAGCCUAGUAUAUCAUGUAUAUUCAGGAAUGAGGGAAGGAUCACGAUUCACUUUCGCGUUAUCAUGAACAGGACGAAGAUUAUCAUACGAAAUACAGUACUAAGAACUAGUGGUUUUGGCCCAAGUUUUGGUCCUUUAUUCAAGGUGAGAUAUAUGUGAUGGGUUUCUCUUCAUGAUGGAGAUUGUAACUAUUAUCAGGCUUUAUAUCACUUGGACAAUCUCAACUUCUUUAUGGACCUCUGUUGAAGAAUACUUAGACAAGAUAGUGUGCUACGACGGUCUAGGCUGUUUUCCCACGAGUUUUCUCAGCUGGCAUCACCGGCAGCCAUCAACACCAGUCGAGAUCAACACGACAUUUACCCUCUUCACUCCAGAAACGAUAGAAACGACUGGGGAGAGUCUAACAAUCGAGAAGAGUCGACAAAAAUGGCUGAAUAGUUCUUCGUUUGAUUCUAUGAGAAAUACUAAGAUGUAUAUCCAUGGUUUCCAGGAUAAUAGAUUCAACAAAUAUUCGAUGAAGAUGCAGAAUAUUCUUCUUAAUACUUUGAACGUGAACGUGAUCAUGGUUGAUUGGAGUAAGGCAGCUGAUAACAUAGACUACGAUCAGGCCAGAGCUGAUACCCGCGUGGUUGGUGUCCAGGUAGCAAGGAUAAUCAAACGACUCAUUGAUGAGACCGGUGUUUCCUAUGAGAGCUUUCAUCUUAUAGGACAUAGUCUUGGUGCCCACACUGCUGGCUACGCUGGGGAAGCUCUGUCUGGAAAUGUUGGAAGGAUCACAGGUCUGGACCCGGCUGGUCCUGAGUUUGGUGGAUCUUUAACCAGUGCUGAGUGCAGACUAGACCCAACAGAUGCCAUGUUUGUUGAUGUUAUUCACACUGAUGGUGAAAUAAUCGUCGCAGGGGGCUUUGGUCUAAUGGAUGAGCUUGGGCAUCAGGACUUCUAUCCAAACGGUGGUGAAUCUCAACCUGGCUGUAUUAUUAAUCCUGUUUGUGAUCAUAUGCGUGCCCUUGAUCUCUUCUUCGAAUCCAUCACCAACUCGCCCACAACGAAAUUCACCUCAAUGAGAACAGCUAUUGAUUGGCAUCGCAUGGAAGAAGGCGACUACUUGCAAUGCAACCAAACAGUUUCGUGUCCCCCUAUGGGUUACUGGGCCGAAAAAAGAAAGGGUGAAGGCGUCUAUUACCUUGAGACGAAGGAAUCUCCACCGUACAGUCUAAGCUAAUGAUUAUGUCUAAUCGAUAGACAGGUUUAUAUAGCAAUAUUAGGACAAUUAUUUUUUUUAACAAUACAAAAAAUAUGCAAAUCUUGAAGGCGAGAAGAAGUUUGUGUAAAUAAGAACCUUCAUCAUCGAUAUACAUAACAGAGACAUUCAGAUGAACAUGCCUGAGGUUCUAUUUAAUUUAGGACUGAAAUGGGUUUUUUUUUUCGAGAGCAAACCCGUUAGUAUUUCUUCUAAGGAAUAGUUACGAAUUUUAUAUAAAACAAGUCAUUUUGGCUACAUUUUGUCACACCUACCAGAAACGGUGGGUAUGCCUAUGAAGAAUAAUAAACGUAAUGCACCCCCCC